UUGUUUUCUUCCCUAAAAAAAAAAAAAAGUACUUUGUUUUCUCAUCAAAUUGAAAGUGUUUGUUUAUUGUUGCUGAUUUCAAUAUUGUGUUCCUUUGUUUUGCUUCAACCAUGGGUUUAUCUUCUUGCUUUUGCCAUUCCAAGUUGGUGAAUGUUGCUUCCAUUCUCUAUUUUUUCCUCCUCAUCACAUUGGCCUCCUCUUCCCCAUUUCCAUCCGAUAACAUAUUUGAGUCUGCUGCAUCCACUGGCCGUGCCCUCCUACAAGACUUAAAAGCUUGUAAAGUUGAUUUUGAGAACCAGAACUACACAUUCAUAACAAGCCAAUGUAAAGCACCAAGAUACCCUCCAAAGUCUUGUUGUGAGGCAUUCAAACAAUUUGCUUGUCCAUUUGCUGAUGAGCUCAAUGACUUGACAACUGAUUGUGCUGCAGUUAUGUUUGGUUACAUAAAUGCUUAUGGAAAAUAUCCACUUGGAUUAUUUGCUAGUGAGUGCAGAGAAGGGAAAAAAGGUCUUGAUUGCAGCCUAGUAAAAUAUUCAAACAAUAGUUCUAAGUCUAACACUACUAGUAGUGUUCUUGUGGCUGCUCCUCACUCUAUGAUGUUGAUUUCAAUUGUUGGUUUCUUUGGAUUUAUUUUUCAUUUGUUUUGAAGGCUGAAAAUGUGAAGAAAAAAACCAUCUAGUGUAUUAAUUGAAAAAUUAUGUUUUAGGACAAUCUUUGUAAGAAUGUGAGUGAGAUGCACCUUUCAUGUGUGAUGGUGAAGAAUUUUAUAUUCAGAACAAGAAAGAAAGUACAUUAAAUAUUGGGGUUAUAUAUGUUGUUUA